CCAGGCGACAGCCGUAAAUGGCGCACCGAAGCAGCCCGCGAGGCUGUCGUAAACGUCUUCCUUCGCGCUACUUCCGGCCGGCUUCUGCGGCCGGUGCUGGUGAGCUAUCGUGAGGCGGCGGAGGACGUUUCCAGCGGCUGCAGCCAUGGAGAUGCCGCUGCCGCCAGACGACCAGGAGCUUCGAAAUGUCAUCGACAAGCUCGCUCAGUUCGUGGCUCGCAACGGGCCCGAGUUCGAGAAAAUGACGAUGGAGAAGCAGAAGGACAACCCUAAAUUCUCGUUUCUUUUCGGAGGCGAGUUCUACAGUUACUACAAGUGCAAGCUGGCUCUGGAGCAGCAGCAGCUUAUCUGCAAGCAGCAGACCCCAGAGCUGGAGCCAGCCACAGCCAUGCCCCCUCUGCCACAACCUCCGCUGGCUCCCACAGCAUCUCUCACUCCAGCCCAGGGCACCCCAUCAAUGGACGAGCUCAUCCAGCAGAGCCAGUGGAGUCUCCAGCAGCAGGAGCAGCAUCUGCUGGCCCUGCGCCAGGAGCAAGUGACGGCGGCUGUGACACAUGCAGUGGAGCAGCAGAUGCAGAAGUUGCUGGAGGAGACACAGCUGGACAUGAGUGAGUUUGACAACCUGCUACAGCCUAUCAUUGACACCUGCACGAAGGACGCCAUCUCGGCUGGGAAGAACUGGAUGUUCAGCAAUGCCAAGUCCCCGCCACACUGUGAGCUGAUGGCAGGUCACCUGCGCAACCGAAUCACUGCUGAUGGAGCACACUUCGAGCUGCGGCUGCACCUCAUCUAUCUGAUCAAUGAUGUGUUGCACCACUGCCAGCGCAAGCAGGCCCGGGAGCUGCUGGCUGCCCUGCAGAAGGUGGUGGUGCCCAUCUAUUGCACUAGCUUUCUGGCUGUGGAGGAGGACAAGCAGCAGAAGAUUGCCCGGCUCCUACAGCUCUGGGAGAAGAAUGGCUACUUUGAUGACUCCAUCAUUCAACAGCUGCAGAGCCCUGCCCUGGGACUCGGCCAGUACCAGGCCACACUCAUUAAUGAGUACUCAUCAGUGGUGCAGCCUGUGCAGCUGGCCUUCCAGCAGCAGAUCCAGAGCCUCAAGACACAGCAUGAGGAGUUUGUCAGCAGCCUGGCCCAGCAGCAGCAGCAGCAGCAGCAGCAGCAGCAGCAGCUUCAGCUGCCUCAGAUGGAAGCAGAAAUGAAGGCCACACCCCCACCACCAGCACCUCCUCCAGCCCCAGCGCCUGCCCCCACAAUCCCACCAACUACCCAGCCAGAUGACAACAAGCCUCCCAUCCAGAUGCCUGGCUCCUCAGAGUACGAUGCCUCAGCAGGUGUCCAGGAUCCUGCAGCUGCUGGUCCUCGGGGUCCUGGCCCCCAUGAGCAGAUCCCACCAAACAAGCCCCCUUGGUUUGAUCAGCCUCAUCCUGUUGCCCCUUGGGGUCAACAGCAGCCCCCUGAACAGCCCCCAUACCCUCACCACCAAGGUGGACCGCCCCACUGCCCACCCUGGAACAACAGCCAUGAGGGCAUGUGGGGUGAGCAGCGGGGGGACCCUGGCUGGAAUGGACAGCGAGAUGCUCCCUGGAACAACCAGCCAGACCCCAAUUGGAAUAACCAGUUUGAAGGACCAUGGAACAAUCAGCAUGAGCCGCCACCCUGGGGUGGUGCCCAGCGUGAGCCGCCCUUCCGGAUGCAGCGGCCCCCCCACUUCCGUGGGCCCUUCCCACCCCACCAGCAGCACCCACAGUUCAAUCAGCCUCCACACCCCCACAACUUCAACCGCUUCCCACCUCGCUUCAUGCAGGAUGACUUCCCACCUCGCCACCCUUUUGAGCGACCACCCUACCCUCACCGCUUCGACUAUCCCCAGGGAGACUUCCCAGCAGACAUGGGACCCCCUCAUCACCACCCUGGCCACCGCAUGCCACACCCUGGGAUCAAUGAGCACCCGCCCUGGGCUGGGCCCCAGCACCCAGACUUUGGCCCUCCUCCCCACGGCUUCAAUGGCCAGCCUCCCCACAUGCGGCGACAGGGCCCACCUCACAUCAACCAUGAUGACCCCAGCCUGGUCCCCAAUGUGCCCUACUUCGAUCUUCCAGCGGGGUUAAUGGCCCCCCUUGUGAAGCUGGAGGACCAUGAGUACAAGCCUCUGGACCCCAAAGAUAUCCGCCUGCCACCCCCCAUGCCUCCCAGCGAGAGGCUGCUUGCUGCUGUGGAGGCCUUCUACAGCCCACCCUCCCAUGACAGGCCGAGGAACAGUGAGGGCUGGGAACAGAAUGGCCUCUACGAGUUCUUCCGAGCUAAGAUGCGGGCGCGGCGGCGCAAGGGCCAGGAGAAGAGGAACAGCGGGCCCUCCAGGUCACGCAGCAGGUCCAAGAGCCGAGGCCGCUCAUCAUCUCGCUCCAGUUCACGCUCCUCAAAGUCCUCGCGCUCCUCCUCCCGCUCACGGUCCCGGUCGAGGUCCCGGUCCUCCUCCCGCUCUAGGUCCAGAAGCCGCAGCCGGUCUCGUUCCUCCAGAAGCCGCUCACGGUCCAGGUCCAGGUCCAGGUCCAAGUCAUACUCCCCUGGGAGGCGGCGCCGCUCCAGGUCCCGGAGCCCUACCCCACCCUCCGCAGCUGGCCUCGGUUCUAACUCAGCACCUCCCAUACCAGACUCGAGGCUUGGAGAAGAAAAUAAAGGCCAUCAGAUGCUGGUAAAGAUGGGCUGGAGCGGGUCUGGUGGCCUUGGUGCAAAGGAACAGGGCAUCCAGGACCCCAUUAAGGGCGGUGAUGUCCGGGAUAAGUGGGACCAGUAUAAGGGCGUGGGCGUGGCCCUGGAUGACCCUUACGAGAACUACCGCCGCAACAAGAGCUACUCCUUCAUUGCCCGUAUGAAAGCCCGAGAUGAGUGUGAGUAG